AUGAAUAUACCACGUACCUUGGACAGGAUGAUGGACCAUGGAUGGCAAGGCAAGAUGGAGCCCCGAUGGACCACAGUCCUAUUUCGACCUGGUUUACAUGAUACGACGCUGUACUUCACACCAACCGCGAUCUCCAAGACAUCCAUCAAGCGACGAGCCGCGCUUCCAAGUAUAGGACAAUGCCUGACAACACAAGAAGAGAAGGCUCAAAAGUUGAACAUUCUUUGUUUCUUUGUGAAAUACAAGGUGAACAAUCACUCGAGAACAUCCUGA